AAAGGGAAAAUUGAGCUCAACUUUGAAGAUUUUUACAGAUUCAUGGAUAACCUUCAGACUGAAGUACUUGAGAUAGAGUUCCUGUCCUAUUCUAAAGGCAUGAAUACCAUCAGUGAAGAAGACUUUGCCCACAUUCUCUUACGCUACACAAAUGUGGAAAACACAUCAAGUUACUUGGAGAGUGUACGUGUACGAAUACCAGAAGAAAAGGGAAUCUCAUUUGAUGACUUUAGAUCCUUCUUCCAGUUUCUCAACAAUCUAGAAGACUUUGCCAUUGCAAUGCAAAUGUACAACUUUGCAAAUCGAUCAAUUGGCCAAGAUGAGUUCAAGCGUGCCGUAUAUGUAGCUACAGGCCUGAAGCUGUCUCCGCACUUGGUGAACACUGUGUUUAAGAUCUUUGAUGUUGACAGAGAUGAUCAAUUAAGCUAUAAAGAAUUUAUUGGCAUUAUGAAAGACCGUCUGCACCGAGGGUUCAGGGGUUACAAAACUGAGCAGAAAUAUACCUCUUUCCGAGCCUGUCUGAAGAAACAGCUCAAUAGUAGAUAA